ACCGUACUCUUACAGGUUUUCAGGUUUCGGUUUCGGAGUUUUGGUUAACUCGUCGUAGGUCUAUUCUAUAUAUGCAUGCUUCAUAAAUUGAUAAAGAGAAACUGGUUGUUGUAAUGUAACCUAACGCGAGUAUGCGAGCUUCCGUCGUCGUCCGAAUAUUUAGAAAAUUUUCCUUGUAAAAAGUUCCGAAUGCGGUGAUCUUGUUCAAAUUUUAAUUCGAGUGCCCAUCGGUCAUCGGUGUUGUGUUGGUGUUUGUGAUUCGAACUUGAAAAAACCGUGCGAUUUGACCGAUUGCGGAGAAAAAUUCUACUAGUCAUCGGUCGUGUAAAUGUUGUGUGGUGUUGUUGGCGGUGAUUCUAUCGAGUAAAACUUGUGUAGCAGACGCAGAAUUCUUAUGUUUGAUUCAAAUACUUACUUAAAACCAUCAUCGAGUUAUUGGCGGAGUAUUGGAGCCCGUAAAGGGAUAUCCGGGCUUGUCUCAAAUCUUACUAGCCACAAUGUGGGGCAAGUAUAAAAUUAGAACAAGAUGCCAGACUGUAUUAAGAAUAGAGCAUUGUAUUCAACAUGUGUAACUGUACUCGCAUUUAUCGGCUUCGCUAUAGCCACUGCAGCUACAAUUUUACCUUUAUGGGGAUAUUUCGUCAAUCCUUCGACGUCGUAUGGUAAUCUACAAGGAGAUAGGGGCCAUUUUGGACCAUGGCAGAUUUGUAAAGAAGCCUAUCACGGUAAAACAAAAUGUGGCGAUACGGUUACCAGAUUUCAACCAGUCGCCGCAGUCAGAAUAGCCGGCUACUUCGCCAUUCUCGGCGUCAUCUUUUCGGCUGCCUUCUGCGUUCUAAAUGUGCUGCACUUGGCGAUGGUGGUAUCUCGUGACAAAGUGGUCAUGAAGUUCAAAGACGCCGUUAUGACCAAAUUCGUAGUAUCAAUUGUUACUGCGAUCGAUGCAAUAAUCGUCGGAGUACUAUUUUCGUUGCAAACCGACGACAAAGAGAACAGUUACCAUGUUACUAGAGGAGAGUCUUUCUACUUGCAGGUCGGUCUCAUAGUUAUUAAUUUUUUAUUGUUUAUUACCGCUCUGUACGAUUUGAUAUUCUCGAGGAAAAGUAAUGGCGAUCCUACGACCGUUCGAGAUCCGACUGGAGUCGAUGCUACAACUUUCAACAAUCCUGGUUUUCGGGAGAAAAAGCGUACAGGUUGGACUUUCAAUUUCAACUUCUCAUACAAUGAUCUCAGUUUGCUUCGUCAUGCUAAUCUAUUAUCUGUCAUUUUUGCCACAGGAGUUGCAGUCACUAAUGCUAGCGGUAAACCAUAUUCAUCGAUGAGUGGUGCUAAUGGCAGCACGAUAUCAAUGUCGACGACGUUUUCAUCAAAUGGAUCCACAACUGCUCCAUCACUGACAAAGAGUCCGCUAAGGUCUAGUUUGAAAAAACCCCGAGUAUCCACCGAUCCUAGCUUGGGUAUCCAUAAUCCUGGUUUUAGCGGAUCUUCUCCUACUUUCCCUAGAGAUACGAUGAAAAAAGUACGCAUCCAAACGCAAAGUACAGCUGUAUAGAGUUUCGAUUAGGUAUAUCUUAAUUUGUCGGUCGACGUAAAAUGAGAAAGCUGUGAAUUUUGUUUUCUGUGUUCAUAUAUGUAAUUUACACGUAUUGUGAGCCACCUCCCUAUAUUCUUUUCCUCUGUGUGUGUGUGUGUGUGUGUGUGUGUGUGUGUGUUUUUGUCUAUCCCUUUAUCCCCUUUCCUUUAGUCAUUUCGAACGUGUAGAAAUAUAGCUGUAAAAUUUCAGUCUCCAAGACAAUAAAAUUUUAUGCAUCACUGUUUAUUGCGAAGAAAAACCUAUAUAAUUAGUAAGAUAUCGAUGUAUUGAUAAUGUUUUACGAUAUUUUAACCGUUGCUGCGGUCGUAAGUGCUGCGUAUUUGUUUUAAGCGAGCACUUUCAAUUUUAUCGUUUAAGGUAAUAAUUAAGGUCAGCGUUUGUUGUUUUUUUUAUUCAUUUUUUUUUUUUUUUCUAAACACACGAGUUAUAAUUUUUACCACUUUCUUCCCUAUUCCAUCUAUAGGAAAGAUGUAUUCUCAGUAUUACAUCGUAUACGAUAAGAAAAAUAAUCCGUAUUAUUUUUUUGCGUUUUUUUUUGUUUAUAUUUUUUAAUUAAUUUAUUGUUUUUUUUUUUAUUUUUCGUUUUAAGCUCGAAAAUGUUUCAUUUACCCAUCAUUUCCGUCCAUCUUGUAAAUAAAUUGUUGUAAAUUAUUGCCUUAUAGCUCUUUUCCCUUUUUUAUGUUUUUUUUUCUUGUUUAAUUAUUGGCGAAUUUCCACCCAAAAAACGUUAUUCUACUUAAAUUUUGUCGUAGUUGGUAAGAUUUGAUUAAUCGUGCUACUACAACGAUAUGAUUAAAAAUCAUUGUUGGUAUGACAUUUCACAUACCUACAUCAUAGUUUGUAAAAUGUGUUUUGUGUUUGUUAGAGAGUUAGAAAAAUAUUCCUCGACUCAUCGAGUAUAUUUGGGGUCAUAUUUAUAAACGUUACUUAUAGGAAUUGCUUAGCUAAGUCAUGAAUUUUCAAGUUAAUUUUCCAGUCAUGAUUGAAUUUUCAAAAUUGGAUUUAUCAUUAAAUUGGGAGAUCGGAUUCUGAAGUAUUCAUUGAAAUUUUUCAUUCGUUAGAAAAAUUGAAGAGAAAUCCGCAACUUGACCGAGCAGUUCCCAUUGUAACGUUUAUAAAUAUGGCACUUAGAUUCUAAAAAAUGGGAUUAAAAUAGAUAGGUAACGAUUGAAAAGCGUGCAAAAGUGAUGAUCUCCGAAUAAGUGGAAAUUCGCCAACGUAUUAGCUCGUUUAUAAACCAUGUGAUGAUUACUAGGUUCUAAUUAUUUGUUAAAUUAUAAUUUAGCGUAGGCGUUUAAAUGUAAAAACAAUGUGCCAAAUUUUUUAUACAUUACAGUUUAUACAUAUUUUUUAAAAAAUCAAAUAAUUAUGUAUGUACUUCUUUUUAUUAUUAUUUUGUACAUGUACCAGAGUGUUUUAGAAUUUUUUAGGACGGCAAUUCAUCGAAUUAAAUGGUUUUUAUUGGUUAAAUGAA